CUCGCCACUUUUGGAGACUGACACAUUAUUAACUGAAGAGCUCCCAUGAGUUUUUAACAAAAUGUGCUAUGAAGAAAAAAAGUUGAGGGAUGUACCAAAUAUAUUGCCGUCUAUCUCCUGGCAGCUUCUGCUAAUUUUACCAAAGGAAGGACUUUAAGUACCUGGCCACCCUCCCUAACGCUAGAAGCACAGGCUGUUACUUCAGAUAUAAGGAGAGCUACAGUGCCUGGCAACAUGGUUAAUCUCCCCAGAGUGUGUUUUGGAUGGGGGAGACGGAAAUGGAGGGAGCUGUCAGACCUAUAAUUAAAAAAAUAUGUUUCUGUAUAGAAAUUUCUUUUCGUUGUCAGGAGAGAUGGAAAUACAAAAAUCUCAUUUAUCAUAUUCCACAAACUUGGUAGACGCUCACGCCAGAAAGCUACAGCCACAUCAGAAACAGGAAUAGCUCCCUAUAAUUACAUAAAAUAACAUGUUGAGCCUUAUCGUCAGUGAGCAAAGCACCAGCAAAUCCUUUUCUGAGGGUAGUGGAAGUAUUGUAAAUGGGUACAAGGCUCUACAGUCUCUUCUGCAGGGAGAUCUGGGCCAGCUUUCCAAUUGUAAGCAAUAAAAUGAUGGAAAAUCACCAUUAUCAGUGCAGGGCCAUAUAGGACCCGGACGCACAGCAAUGCUCUUGGCAGCAGUGCCAACCACUGGAGUGUACAACAGAGUCAUAGGCAGUGCAGGAGCAGAACAAGGCUUUUAUUUACUUAAAAAGUGCAAUAAUCAUCAAUAUUCCUGUCAACUUGGCUCUCUGGAGGAAGGUUUGCCUUCCAGUCCACAGCCACCUUGGACAGCCCAGCCAUUAUCCCACCCCUGAAUCACGAUCCAAGCUGUGAUUCCCCUCUCUGGUCCUAGAAAAUCAACCUGUUGGACGCUCCUCAUGCAGCUGAGAAUUACCAAGUUGUCUUGCUAAAUCCGAGCUAUUUAAAGCAACCCUAGUGCUGUAAUGCCAAGCAAAAACAAUGCAGAUAAGUCACUCCAAUAAGUUUUUUAUGGGUAAAAGACCAGAAUUUUUAUUUUCUUUUUUAAAUGAAAGCUCUAUUUCUGUGGAAUUUGAUUAGGAAACCAGAUAUACACAUCAGGAAAGCCAUUAUUUUGACACUUCUGAACUCCAGGCUGCCUUUAAUAUGAAAGGCAAAAGAGGAUAAAGGGGAAUGCAAGUAUUUCCUCUGAUCUAUCCAUGACUUAAUGUCUACCUUAUUUUUACAGUGAUUUAGUGCUUAUGGAGUAUCUUCAGAGCCAGCAACAAAACAUUUUAACUAAUAUUGGGAUAGUUUUGAAUUAAAGGAGGAAAAAUCAGGCAAAUAAGUGUGCCUGUUUUACAUUCUUAAAGAUGAAGGAUACAGAAGCACAAGGGAAAAAAAUCCAGUGAAACCAUAUUUGAGAAUCUUUCUCUGGGGAAUGUUUAGAUGAUGGGUUAUUUUUGUCAUACUUCUAAUGGGUGAAAUUGAAUCAUUCUGCAUUUCUGCCAGAGAUAUUUACACGAGAGACCACACAGUCUCUGGGUAUGAAGGAAAUGAGCACUGUGGCUGCUGUUCUCCCACGGGAGGUGCCCUCAGUGUCCCACACUCCAAGCCUCCUCUUCCUCCCCAUGCCCUGUGAUGACUCCCUGUGCCCAGGAUUAUGCUCCCAGGUGAAGGGCAAGAGCUGGCCUGUGGAGAGACUGGAGCUGGGGUUGAUCCUGGGUCCAUAGCCAUGUGCUGAGAGCCAGAUACCCCCACCUCUGAGGGCACUGUGGCGCCAUGGCGGCCACCAGCGGGGACAGGCCAUGAGGGCCGGGGCCAUGUUGAGGGCCAGGGGCUGCCCGCCAGGGUGUCAGCCCUGAGAACAACAUGAACUUCAACGUCUGGAAUAUCAAGGAGAUGCUGAGCAUGCCGACAGCCGUGGGGCCUAACAAGUGUUCCAUGAGGAGUGGCACUGCCAGUGACUACUCGAGUUUGAGCGACUCUCAGCUGCUCUUCGGUUCCCAGUUCUGCCCGGAGAACGUGCAGUCGGCAGCGGCACUGCUGGAGCUGGGCUCGCAGCCGGGACAGCAAAACUCCCAGGACAGUGAGCCCAGUAUUUUUACCAAAUACCAGACAAAACCACAGUUAUUUGAUGAAGAAACAAGAGAAAAAGGUUUACUUAAUCUUAGCACAGGAAGAGUGAAAAGUGUCUUGGAAAAUUUUGAAGUGAAUAAGAACAAAAUAAAGGACAAAUAUGACCGUGAGGUCCUAAGCGCCUUUAUUUCCAGUACCAAAGACAGGCUUCAAGGGCUGCAAGCACGCUUGGACAAGUUUGAAGAAAUGUCUGAUUCCAGAUACAAAUCCAUUUUGGUUCACCUAGAAACCCUUUCCAAGAAAAUGGAAGAUGCUCUUCAAAGUCACCGUGACUCUGUACUGAAAGCUCUGAGAGAUAGAAGCCAAAUGGAGCAGGCACUGCUGGAGAUGGAGAGGAGACUUGCAGCCAAAGAUGCGGAGAUUUCAGAUGUGAAAUCCAGUGUUCAGCUGCUGAAAGAGGGUCUGGAAUCACUGCCAGCCCAGCUGAAUGACCAGCACCUGAAGCUGCGUAAAGAACUAGACUUCGUGAAGCUCCCUAAUGCCUCAGCUGAGCAGCACACACCUGUGCCUAGUGCCAGACUGCCCCCUCACAUGACAGAUAACUCUUCCCAGACCUCCCCUGGCCCGUGCCAGCUCCGUGUCCUGGAUGAGAAGCACCCAUGCCAGCCCUGCUGCCGAGGCAGCAGGGUUUGCAGCUGCUCAGGCUGGUCUCAUUUCCACUGUAUGACAGUGGGGGAGCAACACCGACACUCCCCUGGGAGGAACCAGAUCACUGAGGAUGGCACCUCUGAGGGUGCAGCCUCAGGAGGCAAAGCCAUUGCUACAGAGGCCUGUGACAGAGCAAACACCUCUUUGCAGAAGAUGAAAUAUGGCUUGGAGACACAGAGCUGUUCUACCCAUCCUUGCAUGUGCUGGGCUGACAGUAACUUUUUGGGGGGCAGUCAGAAGAAACACUGUCCUGUACCAUUGGAAGCGCCUCUACCAACCCCACGGAGGAAGGCGUUCAGGAGAGGCACUGGAGGGUUUGAAGCCCUGACACCGUCACAGCAGCAGCAGCCUCAAGGUUGCCACCAGUCUGUAUGGAAAGCUCCACCUGGGCAAAAAGACAGCAACGGGUCCACAGACCACAAGGUGCAGAAGGCAGCUGUAGGCAACAAAACAAAACAGAGUCCAGGAAGGAUCCCCUGGAAUAAAGCUGUAGGGAGGAAGAAAGCAUACCCUGCUAAGAGGAAAGGCGAGCUCUCUCGAUGUGCUGACAGUGGGCUGAAGCAGAGGAAGGCAAAUGGGAUUAUUGAGUUGGAAAGCUCCAGAAAAAAUUGCUUUCCCAGAUACUUGGUUGAUCUCAAUUCAGAAAGCUCUGACCCGGUUUUUGCAGCUCGCCAUCAGCAGAUCCUCAGCAGCGCUCAGCCAGGGCUUACAGAGAAUUUCCCACCAGUGCCAUGCUCUGAUAAAAGCCUGCAACAACUUGCAAGCAGAAGAAAGAAAAGUCUGGAAAUUAAAAGAAGAGUGAAUGUUUCCACCGUAAAAACGUAUAUCUUGGAUUCCUCUCCUGAGGGGAAUAUAUUAUCCCUAUGUAGCACAACAGGUGUAGAGCAGAUGAGCUGCUUCAACCUCCGAAGCCCCUCAAGCUCCAAGAAACCACAUCCUGCCAAUCCGCUGGCUCAGAAGAACCCAACCUGUUGCUCUUUACUGUUUGAUAGUGAUUCUUCUGAUUGAAGGGGUCAUGUUUGGAGCCCUCAGUGCAGGCUUGGCCAUCUCAGUUGCAGUUUAUUCUUCUAGGUGUGUUACCUGCUUAGCCAGAGGCUCUAAAGUGUUAUUGCCCAGUUUGAGAUAUUGCAAGAGACUAUGUGAGGACAGCUCUCCCCUCUCCUGGAGCUGUAUUAUUUUAUCUCCCUGCUCCCACCAGAGAUGCCAAGGGCUCCAGUUACCAUCGUAUUUACACACUUGCAGAGUCUGCUGAGACAUUCCCAGGGAGGAGAGAUUUGGCAGAGCACAGACGGGCAGCUCAGUCAGAUUUGGCAUUGAGAUUUACUGGAAACUUUUCAGUUUUUCAAUGUAAUGCUAUCUCUGUGGCCAGAGGCUUCAUUCUGUUUCUCACUCAUAGUCUCUAUGUUGGUUUGUUGUGUAAAAGUUCAGGUUUUUAGUUCUGGAGGCAGUAGUGGUGUUGUUCUGGUUGAUUUCAAUAAGGUUCAGAUUUGUUCCAGGAGUUGUUUGUGAACUUUGGACGGGGACCAGUUCAGCUGAGGAAAACCAAAUCCCAAUGUCUCAGGUUCAUCGACUAUUGAAUUUCUUCUCCUUUUAGGCUGAAAAUUUCUUGGCCUCAGAAAUUUCAGGAAAUUAUUUUGUUUCUACUUUUUUUUGUAUUUGUAUCUCUUGGCUGAUUAAGGAAUUCUCCAACGUAUCCUUUUCAAGGGCAGUGGUUCUCAAACAGAGGCCAAAAGAUACAAUGUUCAGAUCCAGCAGAUGACACGUUGGACAGCCCUUAUAACCACAGAGAACUCUUUCCAUGGUACCCACUGUGACUAUCAGUAUCUCCCACUGCUUCAGCCAUUUGCGUCAGGUUUGAUUUCCGAUUUGAAAUCUUACCAGCAAAAAAGCAUUUUGAUGUUCACAAAAGCAAAUUUGUGGUGUUGCCACAAAUCUAAGUGAUCCAGCUUUGUCAUCCCGGCUUUAAUAAACUCUUUGUGCUGUCACCAAA